UUUAUUCUCUCCAGCUAAAGGAUUCCCUUUCUUCCCUUACAGGUUGUUUCAAUGACCAUGAACCUUUAGUUCACAACGCAACAUGUCAAGCUCUACUUAUUUGUAUACUAACAUCACUACAGUGAACAGGGGGGUGCCUGUUAAAGCAGUACUUUCCAUGACACCAACUUUCUUCUUCCUGUACGUCAACAUUGUCAUGCUGUUUACCCUGAGGUGUAAGGUCAUCUUCCGAGAGACCUCCCGCUACAUCUUGUUCGCCAACAUGCUCUUUGUGGACACUCUGAGCCUCCUUAUCUGUGUAUUUCUGUACAUCCUAGCUGUGGGAAGACUGUACUUCAGUGGCAUUGCAUGCCUGGUUGUGGUGGUUUCUGCAGGCGCCCUCAUGCGUAUCUCCCCACUCAACCUGGCUAUGAUGUCUCUGGAGCGGUAUGCUGCCAUCUGCUUUCCUUUGAGGCAUGUUGAGAUUAUCACAUGCUGGAGGACGGGCGGGGCCAUUAUUGUUAUGUGGGUGGUGGGCUCACUGAAUUCUUUUGCUGAUCUUUUAACUUUUGUGAUGGCCGGAUCCAAUUUCGGCUCCACAUGGGGCUUCUGUUCAAGAAACCUGGUGUUUCCGCUGAAAGUGUACAAUCAAAUAAAUACGGCCUUCUCAGUCAUUUAUUUCCUAAUGGUGGGGGUAAUCAUUAUUUACACAUACAUCAGCAUCACCAUGGUAGCCAAGUCUGCCACUUCAGACAAAAUUUCUGCCACAAAGGCUAAUAAGACAGUGCUGCUGCACCUGUUUCAGUUAGGGAUAUAUCUUGCAUCCUUAUUACAUGAGCCGUUACUUAUCGUUGCAUUUAUGUACAUGGACAGGAUCUCUUUCUUAAACGUACAAUAUGUCCUGUUCGUGACACUGCUCAUCUUCCCAAGAUGCCUCAGUCCUCUUAUCUAUGGGCUAAGAGAUCAGAUUUUCAGUCCCAUUUUCCUAUAUAAUUUCACAUUCAGCUUCAGAGGCACAGUCAAGCCAGUUAUGAGUGCAUAGGUACAAAAUUUCCAAAAUAAUGUAAGAUAAUGUCUUGUCAAUAUUUUUUUACAGUGCAUAUUUGAAAUACAGUGUAAAUAACAAGCAGUUGAUGGAUUGAUUGACUGACUGGUUGACUAUGUACUGACUCAAUGACAUUUCUUCCAAUGCUUUUCAUUUUGCACACUAUAAUAUAAUAAAACAUCAGCACCAGCAUUCCCUCAAAUGCUUAUGCAUGCUUUUCUAUAGAUUUAUAUGACAUUAUAUGUUGACUGAUGCACCCUUGUGGUACAUUGAAUUAGACAUAAUUAGUGCAAGUUGUCCCCAGCACACACAUGUAUAGGAACAUAAAAAUCACAGUUCUCACAUGCAUUAUAACAAACAAGUAGUUGCCAAAGAUGAAUUCUUCAAUCCAAGUUGAUUGUUACACUGAUGACACUAUUCUGUUAACCUAUGCUGCCUCCUUCUCUCAAGUCAUUAAGGACUUUUAUGAGUCAUUUAAUUGCAAACUGAACUGUAUGAUCUUAAACUGGUUUUAACUGCUGGUGAAACCAAAGUCAUGUAUUUUUCAAGGUCAGACUCCAAAUGUCAAACUUCUGAUCCCAUUUUAAAUGUUAAUAGUACCCCAUUUGAAUGGGUUAUUUCAUACAAAUAUCUCUGGAUCUGGUUGGAUGAAAGAAUUGUCCUUUGAGAGUCAUGUUGUUUCUCCAUUGAAAAAAAGUCAAGCUUGGAGGUUAUUUUAGAAACAAAGCAAAAAGGAAACUGCUUGUAGCCACUUAUAAGUGAUUGAUUAUGGUAAUGUUCUGUGUAUGCAAGCAUCAUCUAAAACAUUACAUAGACUGGAUACUGUUUUUCAAAGUACACUCCAUUAUCUAAUGAUAAACAUCUUACCUCCCACUGUAACAUUUAUGAGUUCAUUUCCUGAGCCAUUGUAGAUGGUCUCACUGGCACAUCUUUGCUUACAAAGGCCUUAUUGAUAAGCUUCUGCUCUAUCUUCGGAGAUUUUAACAGGUCCACAUCUAAGCAUAAUUUAAAAUAGCUAAUCCAUUCAUUAAAAACUGUUACUUGUUUUAUAUAAAGCUGAUGUGUUGUCCAUUUGUUUUCUUUCUUUUGUUUUCCAUUUUCAUAACUUACUGUAAUGUUUAUUUGCACCAUUUCGAUAUUGCGUCUACUAAUGUUUGCUUGUCUGUUGCAGGGCACCUCUGAAAAAUUCACCUUGGUGUAAAUAGGAGCUCUCUGUAUAAAUAAAAAUGUACAAAAAUAAAAAUUAUAAAAUGAACUCUUUUUACUAUUCUUCUAUGAAUAUAUAUUACAGUAUAUAUUUUUGUGGGGAUAUAUUUGA